UGUAAUAAAAGGCGGUUCUCUUCUAGGUUAUACCAGUAAAACUUACGAUAAAUUAGCGGGUUGUCGUCUUCACCGUUCUCCAUGGCUAUGUCUUCAGUAAUCGAGGUCGAUGGUGAUAUGCUUGCCAACGCUUUUCACGAUAUAUCCCUUCAGGAUCAGGAUGGAUCGCGAGCUAAAGCAGAGAUUCAAGGAAUCGGGGGUGUGAGUCAUGGAGGGGUUUGUGCAAUAUGCUUGGAUGAGAUAGCUCUUCAAGAUGCUGCUCUUGUAAAAGGUUGCGAGCACGAAUACUGCGUGACUUGCAUCCUAAGAUGGGCCACCUACAGUCAAAAGCCCACAUGCCCUCAAUGUAAACUUCCAUUUGAGUUCCUGAAUGUCCAUCGCACACUUGAUGGCAGUAUUCAUGAUUACAUGUUCGAGGAGAGUGUGUGCUUGCUUCUCAGAGCGACUUGGUUUAAACCUAUGGUUGUGGAGGAGCAAGAGGAUAUAUAUGAUGGUCUUGAAGAUUACUAUCCAUAUGAGGAGGAGGGGGAUGAUGGCGAUCUGGAUGAAGUAUAUUUCAGCAGUUCCUCAAGUCUUCGUAUUGGAAACCGAAGAUGGGGUGAUAAUGGUUAUGUGAGGGGAGGGCGCCAAGAGGCUAGGCCGGUGUAUCGAGCAAAUAUGCAGGAAUUGGAAGCUGGUUCGUCACGUCAGCACAAGAAGAAAGGGCCAAUACAGGAGUCAGAUGCUGGUUCGUCACGUGAGCCCAAGAAGAAAGGGCCAAUAGAAGAUAUGAAGACCGGUCGACGAGCAAAGAGGGCACUCAAGCGUGAAGCUGCUGAUAAGGUGGCCGCAGCAAAACAUCAAGAGCAUUUGGUGAGGUUGGACCGGAAAUGAUUCCCUUUUGUAAAUACAAAUCCAAAUUGGAUCCGUCCUGUACAGUAUUUCCUGGCUUCAACUUUGUGAAAUAAUGACAUCUUAGCUGGUUGACAAUCGCAGCCUCAAGUUGGCGCAUGACUUGUCGGUUGUAUCUUCCAAAGAAUAAUGUCUAAUGCUGUGUCAUACAGUAUGGUAUCCUUGUAUUGUUCUGAUUAGAUUGAUUUGUUUUGACCAUUGAAGUGAGAUUUUAAUGUCUGGUUUCUUAUUGUUCGGAUGGAUGUGCAUUCCAUUCGCCAAUCCUAGUAAGCAAUGACAGUUAAUUCUCUAGGGUA